GAAUUAUAGUUUAUGGAACGUCAACUGUGACUCUUACAAAGCAUUAGAUAUUUCUUAAUUAAAUAAAUAUUAAUUUAUCUUUUAAUCUCGAAAGUAACCGUGGUUUCCAUAAAUUUCAGAGCUUCGAGAAGUGCAUGAGUCACUAGUGUUGCUUUCUUUCACACUAAAUAUUCGAGAAACAAUCAAAAAUGUCAUCGAGAACAUACAUUUAGCAUAGUGGUUGUAACAUUUGGCGUUCAUAGGCAGCUUUCUCAUAACUGGUCGUCUUCAUAAGCGACCAAUCUUCUUUAAUUUGUGGAGAAUCAUCAAAAAAAAUUUCGAGCAUAAGUAUCAUGAAUGUGGUCAAAGUGGCUGAGAGGUGGUGCCGCGAAGGUGGUUAAUUCACCUUUGCUUUCUUGAGAUGAUUGAAAGUGUAUCCCGAAGAGCUUUGAGUGGCUCCAGUGGGAGCUACCACGUCCGAGGUGCAGAACUGGCGCGAGACCGGAGAUUGAAGUCUCUUUCAGCGACUGUUGUUUUUCUUGAUGAGACUCAACACACAUUUCAACUAGACAAACGUGCAAAGGGCCAGGUUUUACUAGAUCUUGUUUUUCAACACUUAGAAUUAAUAGAAAAAGAUUAUUUUGGCCUUCAAUAUGCGGAAAACGGUACCAUCAAUUCAUCGAGUCCCAAUCCGGAUGUAAUGCGAUGGUUGGAUCCUUCUAAACUCGUAAAAAAGCAAAUAAGAAGUAAGGAAUUUUUCUAUUUCUUUGCUUCAGGUGGACAAUUUUUCUUUAGAGUGAAAUUUUACGUUUCUGAUCCAAGUAAAUUGCAAGAGGAAUACACUAGAUAUCAAUUUUAUUUACAAAUUCGAAGGGACAUUCUACAGGGAAGACUGCAACUUCCUUCAAGCACUGCUUGUCUAAUUGCCAGUUAUACUGUUCAAUCCGAGUUGGGUGAUUAUCAUCCGGAAGAACAUGGUCCCGGUUAUCUUUCUCGUUUACAGUUGAUUCCCGGUCAGAACGAAGAAAUGGAAAAGAAAAUUGCCGAAUUACACAAAUUACACAAAGGGCAGCUGCCAGCAGAUGCGGAAUUCAAUUUUUUGGAUCAUGCUAAACGGCUGGACAUGUAUGGAGUCGAAUUGCAUAAGGCAAGGGAUUCGACUAACAAGGAAAUACAACUAGGCGUUACAUCAAUAGGAUUAGUUGUCUUUCAGAACAACAUUAGAAUCAAUAUAUUUUCAUGGUCGAAAAUCGUGAAAAUUUCCUUUAAGCGGAAACAAUUUUUUAUUCAACUCAGAAGAGAGCAGUCGGAAAAUUAUGACACUCUAUUAGGCUUCAAUAUGCAAACAUAUCGUAGUUCGAAGAACUUGUGGAAGGCCUGCGUAGAACAUCAUACAUUCUUUCGACUACACAGUCCUAAGAUGAGACCACGACGGUUUCCACUGACAUUGAGCAGUCGAUUCACGUAUUCAGGUCGUACGGAAUUUCAAACUGUCGAAGAUGGUAAACAUCGAGCGAGAGUCGAAAAAACUUUUAUAAGUGUUUCGUGCAGAUCGCCAAGUAAACGAUUAGUGCACGGCAUAACGCAAGCUCCGAGUGUUGAGGAAAAGGGAAAAGUCGUUCCACCACCUGCCAGACCGCCGAGGCCAUACGACAAUAAAGUACAGUCUCUCGGUGCUCGUGAACCCCGACAAGCAUGGGUUGAAGGAAAUCCCAGUGAUGAUGAAGGAGGAUUUUUAUCUACCAGAGAAGAUAUUACAGCAACGCAUACCCAGGGUGGAGCAUUUUCUCCAGUUUUAGGAUCUCGAGUCAUUAGUUACGCUGAUGACGACACGGCUGUCGAACGGAAUAUUUACGAUAUUCCGGAUUACAGUGAACCUGCAAGUUCACCACCUCCACAGCAAAUUUUAGAAGAUGGUUUGGUUGCGAUUCGAUUAACACCAGAUGAACAAGGUAGAUUUGGAUUCAAUGUGAAGGGCGGAUUGGAUUUGGAAAUGCCGAUUUUAGUGUCUCGCGUUGCUCCCAAUACGCCCGCUGAUCGUUGUUACCCGAAAUUGAAUGAGGGAGAUCAGGUUGUUUACAUAAAUGGAAUUGAUGUAAACGGAAUGAUACAUGAGCAUGUCGUGAAUUUAAUUCGACAAUCGCGCGACACUGGCACCGGUGAAUUAACAUUAACAGUACGUCCCAACGCUCUGUAUAACGCUCUUGCUGGCACUGAUGAAAAUUCGGAGGAAGAACCACCCUACAGAUACGUACCCGAUGUUCCACACACAGCAGUUGGAUCCGACGCUCUUGCGCAGUCAAUGCUUCUUCUUGCUGAUGGUUUAGCUAGUGGAGCUCUUAUCGCGCAAUACGAACAACUCUACAGAAAGAAUCCAGAAUUGACAUCGUUGGAGUCCAAGAAGCCGGAGAAUCAAAAUAAAAAUCGAUACAGGGACAUUUCACCAUAUGACGUGACGCGAGUAAUUUUGAUGGGUUCGGUAAAUGGAGAUUAUAUUAAUGCCAAUUACGUGAAUAUGGAGAUACCGGGUUCGGGUAUUAUCAACAGAUAUAUAGCGACACAGGGUCCAUUGUCAUCGACGGUGGCUGAUUUUUGGCAAAUGGUUCUCGAGGCAGGCAGCACGCUUGUCGUAAUGUUAACAACGCUGGUGGAACGCGGCAGAACCAAGUGCCAUCAAUAUUGGCCACUUCUUAAUGAAACGCUUACGUUAAGAAACCUCACGCUCACAUCUACCUCGGAAAAAAUGGAGGAUACUUUUGUCUUCCGUGAAUUUAUACUUCGUGAUAUCAAUACAGGUGAGGAGAGAGAUAUAACGCAUAUGCAGUAUUGUGGUUGGCCAGAUCAUGGCGUGCCGAAUGAUUGGAGGCAAUUUACAACGUUCACCGAACGUGUCAGGGCAGCGCGAACCGGAAUCGUGGAACCUGCGGUUGUUCAUUGCUCGGCAGGAAUUGGUCGAACUGGUGUUCUCGUCCUCAUGGAGACUGCAUUGUGUUUAAUAGAAGCCAAUCAACCUGUAUAUCCUCUUGACAUUGUUCGAUCGAUGAGAGAUCAACGAGCAAUGAUGAUACAGAAUGCUAGUCAAUAUAGAUUUGUGUGUGAAGCUGUUCACAAAGCGUACAAUGAAGGCAUUGCAAAGCCACUUCCAGAAUUCAGUAGGUGAGAUUUAUUAUUUUUAAAUUUCUCAAUAGAUGUGCGUACUACUUCCUUACGAACAAUAUUUAUAAAAGUAAAAAAUGUGGUCGAUACAAUUUAUAAACUGACAAUAACGCUCAUCAAACCUGCUAAAACAAAAGUAAAUAAGAAGAAAAAAUAUUUAUUGUGCAGAAAAUUAGAAUUUACAAAAGAAUUUAUAUAUAUACAUACAUACAUAAAAUAUAUUAAGAAAAUAAAUAUAUAUAUAUUAGGCUAUUUAUAUUUUUUUCUGAUAGACUAGAUGAAUUGCUUCAAAAAAAGAAAGAAAAAAGAGUAAAAAAAGAAAAUGAAGUGCAUUAAUAUUAUGCAUAUUAAAUAUGUCGAAGAUUUAUUAACUUACAAUAUUACGUUCUAGUAAAUUAACAGAUAGAAUGACCAUAAAAUGAAACAUUGUAAGCUGUUAUCAAAUAGUAUUCAUUGCAAAAGUGAUCUUUAAAGAAAAAUUAUCUAAUAUUAAUUGCUACCAUUAAACUUUAUUUUUAACGAACAAGGUGUUAAAAUUUAAUUUCUUUCGGAAAAUAAUUUAAAUUUCUUUUCAAAUAACACCAAUU